GUUCUCGAGUUUGCAGGGUGGGACAAGGCAAGAGAAGGGUUAAAGGGAGAGAGCAGUGAGUCCUAGAGAGGACUGUAUGUAAUCCCCCCCCCUGUGGAAGGCAACCAUUGUUUUUCCACCUUGUGCUAGCAUUGGGCUUUGCGGGGAACCUGCUACAAGAAUGUCAUACUGCAGAGCACGUAAUGUGUUGCGUUGGCAGGACUGAAGAGCUUCAUCUGCCUGGUCAGUCCUAGCUUUAAGAGAGAAACAUACUGAAGAGCAAGGAGAUCUUUCAGGAUUCUUGGAAGCUGCCUUUGGAGUGCAGAGCAGAGAUGGAAAAGGAACACUUAGCUGGCCCUGCAGCAGGGCGGGACCCUCUUGCCAAGCAGACCGAGAGCAGUGAGCAACUCUGGCAAAGAACCGUGCAGAAGAUGCUGGGUGAGGAUGCUACCAGCUCAGCUGCAAAGUGCCACAGGCUCAGACAGUUCUGUUACCCAGAGACCGAGGGGCCCCGAGACGUUUGCAGCCGACUCCACCACAUUUGCCGUCAGUGGCUGAAACCAGAGAAAUACACGAAAGCUCAGAUGCUGGACUUGGUGGUUCUGGAGCCAUUUCUGACCAUGUUGCCCCCGGAGAUGGAGAGCUGGGUGAGAGAAUGUGGAGCAGAGACUAGUUCCCAGGCAGUGGCCCUGGCAGAAGGUUUCCUCCUCAGCCAGGCAGAGGCCAAGAAGCAGGAAGAGCAGCAGGGCCAGAAGCCAUCCAGAGUAGGAACCGAUUUCUGGGUGGCAGAGAUGGCUUAUUUGGACCAUGGAGAGAGGUCCCCGUUUGGGUGGAUCGUGCAAGCAAGUGAAGGAGGGGCUACCGAGCUGGGUAAGGAGUCCCAGGGUGAACUUGCUCACUUGCAGAUGAAAGACUGGUUUCCCAGGAGGCUGCCUGCUGAUCGUCACUUCCUCUUCCUUGGUGACGAAGUCACACUGGCUCUUCCAUCCAGGCCUUCUCCUCUUUCUGGGAGAGCCGAGAAAGCCUCUGUACAACUGGACCAGGGUCCAGUGACCUUUGAGGAUGUGGCUGUGUGUUUCAGGAAGGAGGAGUGGACUCUCCUGAAUGCAGAUCAACAGGCUUUGCAUUCAGAAGUCAUGGAGGAGCUCUGUGGGCAUCUGGCCUCUCUGGGUGAUGGAGGGAAGAGUGAGGAAAAAGAUGAAACACAAGGUAGGAAAAGCAAAGCCAAAUAUCUGUGGGAGAAGGAAGCUGCUGCUUCUGAAUGCACGGAUGUGCCUGAAAUUCUAGUCCAAACAAAGGAUUGCAAUGGAAAUGAAAGGAAUAAAAACCCUCAACAUGUGAAUCUCAUAAAGAAUAAUUCAAGCCUUCAGACACAUCAAAGAAUGCAUACAAAUAAGAAAAAAUAUGAAUGCUCAGAAUGUGGAAAAAGCUUACGUUGCAGAGCAGACCUCAUUAAUCAUCAAAGAAUCCACACAGGGGAGAAGCCUUUUCAGUGCAUAGUAUGUGGAAAGAGCUUCAAUCAGAAGGCUAACCUAACUUCGCAUCAACGCGUCCAUACAGGGGAGAAAACAUAUCAGUGCUUAGAAUGUGGAAAAAAUUUCAGGUGCAGUUCAAACCUUACUUGUCAUCAAAGAAUCCACACAGGAGAGAAACCUUAUCAGUGUCCAAUGUGUGGGAAGAGUUUCUGUCAGCAAGGAUCACUUAUUUCCCAUCAAAGAAUCCACACAGGGGAGAAACCAUAUCAAUGCUCAGAAUGUGGAAAGAACUUCAGCCAAAGCUCAUGCUUUACUUCCCAUCAAAGCAUCCACACAGGGGAGAAACCAUAUCAGUGUUCAAUGUGUGGAAAGAGCUUUAGGGAGAUGUCACAUUUAACUGUUCAUCAAAGAAUCCACACAGGGGAGAAACCAUAUAAAUGUUCGGUGUGUGGGAAGAGGUUCUGUCAGAAAGCACAGCUUAAUUCUCAUCAAGGAAUCCACACAGGGGUUAAACCAUAUCAGUGUUCAUUGUGUGGAAAGAGUUUCCGUCAGCGACAAAUACAUACUUCUCAUCAAAGCAUCCACACAGGGGAGAAACCAUAUCAAUGUUCAGAAUGUGGCAAGAAAUUCAGUUACAGCUCACACCUUAGUUACCAUAAAAGAAUACAUACAGGGGAACAACCAUAUAAGUGUUCAGAAUGUGGAAAGAGCUUCCGUUUAGGACAGGACCUUAUUAAUCAUCAAAGAAUCCACACGGGGGAGAAGCCAUUUCGAUGUUCCACGUGUGGGAAGAGAUUCCGUCAGCAAGGACAACUUACUUCACAUCAAAGAACUCAUACAAGGGAGAAACUAUAUCAAUGUUCAGUGUGUGGAAAGAGCUACAUACACAGCUCAAACCUAAACAGACAUCUACAAAUCCACAGACAGAAUAACAAUGCUCAGAAUGUGGAAAGAGCUUCCAUCUGAAAAAAGACCAUAUCAGUUCUUGCUCUGUGGAAAUAAUUUAGUCAGAAAGAUAGCCUUUCUUGCCAUCAAAGCAUCCACACAGGAUAAACCAAAGUUUAGUGUUUGUUAAAAACUUCUAUGUUAAUGGAAUUUAGUCAUCCAAAAAUGAUGGUUUAAGGUAUGCUUUAAACGUCGGUGUGUGCUUAAAAAUCAUUUAGAUUGCCCAUUAAGGUGCCCAUCUUAACUUAGGUAUGAUAGAACUUGUAAGGACUUUGAACAGUCUUGUAUAUUAUACUGACCUUAGAAAUGAGGCAUACUUUAUCUUGGUCUUUUCACUUCUGCUAAAAUGUGCUCUGCUAAAUUAUUACUAAUGUAAUUAAGAAUAAAAGGAUUAUCCCUGUU